CUGUUUUGGGGACAGACGAGUCAUUUCAGAGCUUCCAGUUCGGAGCCCACGGGCCGGACACAGAGAGCAGUGCUCUCCCCGGGAGGACAGGUUGGCAGCGAGGAAGCGGAGCCGGAGCCAUCCCCUGGCCCAGGUGAGAGGAAGAUGAAGGUCCUGCUGACGCUGGCCGUGCUGCUUGCCUACAGUGUGUUCACGGCUCGUGGGAAGCACCCCCGCGCGUUUGCACCGGGACUGGAGGGAAGCACCGUAGGAAAUCUGACUGCCCACAGCUGCUACACCUCGAGGGCUUCAACGGACCGGUGCUGCCGGCUCCGUGCCUGCUGCUACGCCAGGCUGGCUGCACAGCGAUGCCGCCCGGGACCGAUCCAGCCCAUCUCGGUGCCCGGGGCAGGAAUCCCCACCUGCAGGUCCGGGACCCGGUGCCAGCGAGGUGCCUGCAGAUGUGAGCGGGCAGCCCAGCUCUGCCGGCUGCGUGGACGGGGGAUGCCCCGGCGUCGCAGCAAGUGCCAGGGACGAGCCGGGCGGUGUUGAAGCAAAAGGGCUUUUUUUAUAUAUAUAUAUUUUUUUUUUUUUUGCAAAACCACCUCCAAGCUGGGUAAGAAAAGGGACGGAGGAGCGUUUCCCAACUCCUCCUCGGGGCUUUUUUGGCUUCAGCAUGAGGACAACAACCCCCUGGUGAAGUUGCGUCACUGUACACUGGAUGCGAGGAGGGAGAGCGGCGCAGACACAACGUUUCAGUGCAGAAAAACAAGGGAGGGGUGGCCACCUGCCCCUCGUCCCGGCAAAGAGCGAGGUGGAAACCGGCGCGAGCCUCUUGGCUGACACUCAUUUCCCCUUGGCUCCAGCUCCCCGUGCAGUCUGUCAGCUCCCUCUGCUUUUUGCUUCGCUGCAAAAUCUCUUCCGUUGCUCCAAAAUAAAACCAGAGCGCGCAAAAC